CCAAAAUUAUCGCCGAAAUUUUGAAACAGCUCUGCCUUACAGGUUCAGAGCCAAAAUCCCCCUCCAAAACGGCCCAACCAAAAAAAAAAAAAAAACUCCCAAAUAUUAAAUAAAAUAAAAUAACCAGGGAUUUUUUUUUUUUUUUCUUUCAAUUUUGGUAGAAAAAUUCCAGAUCGGGUGAGCAUUGUAAAACGUCCGUUGUGAAAAUUUGAAUCCAGCAUUGGAAUUUUGCCUGAAAAAAAUUAUUUUUUUGGAUUUGGUGGGCUGGAUUGGAUCUGCAUUUCUUCGGAUCUGAUCGGGCAUUUUUGUGUGCAUUGAAAAAUCUGUUCUGGUUGAUUUAUUUUUGAGAUUGGUGUGGUGGUGUGAGAAUAAUGGAUCCAUUAUCAUCGAUCAGUGAAGAACUUGCAGAGAUCGAAGGCCAAAUCAGCGACAUUUUCAGGGCUUUAUCAAAUGGGUUUCAAAAAUUGGAGAAGAUUAAGGAUUCCAACAGGCAAAGUAGGCAGCUGGAGGAGCUCACGGGGAAGAUGCGAGAAUGUAAGAGGCUUAUUAAAGAGUUUGACAGAGAAGUCAAGGAUAUGGAAAGUAGAAAUGACCCUAACACCAACAGGAUGCUUAGUGAGAAAAAGCAGUCUAUGAUUAAGGAGUUGAAUUCAUAUGUUGCUUUAAAGAAACAAUAUACAGCCAGUCUUGAUAAUAAAAAAAUUGACCUCUUUGAUGGACCAACAGAAGAACACGAUGAAGAAAAUGUCUUGCUAGCCUCAAAUAUGACAAACCAACAGCUUAUGGAUAAUGGAAACAGAAUGAUGAAUGAAACAGAUCAGGCCAUUGAGAGAUCAAAGAAGGUUGUUCAAGACACCAUUAAUGUUGGAACUGAUACAGCAGCAGCUCUCAAGGCCCAAACUGAACAAAUGAGUAGGAUUGUUAAUGAGCUGGACUCUAUCCAUUUCUCUAUCAAGAAAGCAUCUCAACUGGUCAAGGAAAUUGGUAGGCAGGUUGCAACUGACAGGUGUAUUAUGGCAUUACUUUUCCUAAUUGUUGUUGGAGUCAUAACCAUCAUUAUUGUGAAGAAUACUUGCUGAAAAUUCAUUUCCAAGACUUGAAAGUUGUUAUUGUCUGUUUGAUAUUUGAACUUAUAGAUGGAUUUUGGUGUUUUGCAGCUUAUUCCAACAUAUCUUUAAAUGAUACUAAGAGUUGGGAUUGUGUCCUUGUACUAAGUUAUGCAGAAAUCAUAAAUUUUCUAGUGAAAUGAACUCGUAAAUUGAUUUCUUUAGUCUUAUAGGCCAUAAGGCUCGCUUGCUUGUUUAUUCUUCAAGGUUUUCUUAAAUGUGGGUAAAAUAAGAUGAUUUUAAUACAAGUAGAAUAAGAUAUAGCAUAGUUGUAUUGUAAAAUACAGAGAAAGCAGCAAUAGUUAUAGGCUUAUAGCCCCCCAUACUCCGCAGAUAUGCUGCAAGAAGCUAGGCAUUGUCCAUGUGUGUAUAAUUUUGGCAUAUAUUAUUAAUUAACUGAUGGUUAGUUAUUUUAAAUUGGUUAAAGGUCUAACCUUUCAAGAAAUAUUUCAAUGGGUAACGUCCUUGCUGCCCACAAACAUAUUACUUUGUUUGCCUUGAUUGCACAAAGCUAUUUGCACUUCUCUAUUUGUUUAAAUCAAAGUCUAUGAGAGAGCAACUUACUUUUACAUUUUGAAAAAUGUGUGCUUCCCUCAAAGUUACAUGCUUUGUCACUGUCACCUUAGUAAGUGGAAGAAUUUUUUUUUUCUUAUUAUUUUAUGUCGAGUUUGGCACGUUUUUUCUUUUCAUCAAUGAAUUUUGUUUCUUAUUCCGAUAACGAGGAGAGUGCUUUUGCAAUAUAACUUCUUUUAGAGACAUUUAUUUUGGACCAUAUAAAAUUAUUUACCAAAUGGCUUCGAAAUGACUUCCAAUUCUUUUUACACCGAGAGUAACCAAGUGGGUCGCUUUGUGUGAAAAAUGUACUUGUAACCUUCAUUUUAGAGCUUCUCUUUCAACUUUUAGAAUUUGCCGUGCACUGCUUCCUGUGAGUCCUCUUACAAUUGACAAAAAAGCUUAUUAAGCAACUUUUGCUACUAUUUUGUAGU